AUGACUAGUGUGUUAAAAGAUAAUGGAAGCGGUGGACCGCCAUUACUCUUAUUACCAACAGGUGAACAACAGAUUGUUGUUGCUUGUCGUAUUCGACCAAUGACUGAAGAAGAAAUUCUUCAAGGUGCUACAAUAAUUGCACAUAAAGUAGCCGAUGAUAAUAUGGUUGUUUUACUUGAUCCAGAAGAAGAUCAUGAUGAUGUUUUACGUGCUAAUCGUUCACGAGAACGAAAAUAUAUCUUUGAUGUUGUGUCCGAUGCUCGUGCUGAUCAACAAGAAGUUUAUUUGGCAACAUCUAAAAUGCUUUUAAGUAGUGUUUUAGAAGGUUAUAAUGCAACUGUAUUUGCAUAUGGAGCUACAGGAGCUGGAAAAACUUAUACUAUGUUAGGUACAGAAAAGAAUCCAGGUGUUAUGUAUCGUACAUUACAUGAUUUAUUUGUUGAAAUAAAAAAAUUUGCUGGUAAACGUGAAUAUCAAGUCACAAUGUCUUAUUUAGAAAUCUAUAAUGAAUUAAUACGUGAUUUACUUGCAACAUCAUCAUCAUCAUCAUUUCUUGAAUUACGUGAAGAUGCUAAAGGUACAAUACAAGUUGGUGGUCUUAGUGAAGUUAUUGCUAAAACUCCUGAAGAAGUUAUGGAAAUGUUACAUAAAGGAAAUCGUGCACGUACACAAGAACCAACUAAAGCUAAUAAAACAUCAUCACGAUCACAUGCCGUUUUACAAGUUAAUAUUAAACAACGUGAUGUAACUAAAUCUCAUACAGAACAAGUUCGAUUUGCAAAACUUUAUAUGAUUGAUUUAGCUGGAUCAGAACGAGCAGCACAAACACAAAAUACUGGACGACGAAUGAUGGAAGGUGCUCAUAUCAAUCGAUCAUUACUUGCUUUGGGAAAUUGUAUUAAUGCUUUAAGUGAAAAAGGCAAUACAAAAUAUGUUAAUUAUCGUGAUAGUAAAUUAACACGAAUAUUAAAAGAUUCUCUUGGAGGAAAUUCUCGUACAGUUAUGAUAGCACAUAUUUCACCAGCAUCUGUACAUUUUGAAGAAUCUCGAAAUACACUUAAUUAUGCUGAUCGAGCAAAAUAUAUUAAAACAAAAAUUCGUCGAAAUGUUAUUGAUGUAUCUUAUCAUAUAGCACAAUAUCAACAGAUAAUACAAGAUUUACGUAAUCAAGUUCAAUUGUUACGUGAUCAACGAGAUGAACUUGAAAUACGUUUAGCAACAACAAAUGAAGCACGAUUUAGUCGACUUAGUGAUAAUAAUACAACAGAACGUCUUCGUAUUGAAGAAGGUUUAAAAUUAAAAGAAAAUAUUCUACAAACAUAUCGUAAACAAAUUGAUGCUCGACGAGCAUUACUUGAAAUUGAUACUGGACUUAUGGAUAUUAUCCAUGAAUGUACACGAAAUGAAGCAGUUAUUGAACAUCAUGAAUGUAAUAAAGAAAAUAAUCCACAUAAUCAUAAAAAAUCACCCGAUGAAAUGAUUAUUGAUAUUAAUACAUCAGAUAAUGCUGUACAACGAGCACGUGCUGAAUUACGUGUACUUGAACAAGAACGUUCAAAAUUAGAAAAACAACGUCAAACACAAUUAAAAGAUUUUGAAGUAUCAAAAACGGAUGCACGUCGAUUAUUUGAUAAAGUAACAAAAAAAAUGACGACUAUUGAACAACGUGAAUUAUUAAGAUUAUUAGCACAAAAUUUUGAAUAUGAAAUGAAAACACUUGAAUUACAAGCUGAUAUAUUUACUCGAGAUUAUUCUAUUAAACAUAAAGAUUUACAAUUAUUACGUAUGUCACAACAUCGUAGUUUAUGUGAUACAAUUAUUUAUCAACAAAGAAAACUUAUUCAAGAAAAUAAAUUAUUAAUUCCAUCAGAUCUUGAAGAACUUUAUCAAUUAUAUUCACGAGAUAUUGAUGAAGGUCAACUUAUUCAUGAUCUUAAAAUUCAUUCACCACAUUCAAUAACCGGUGGUAUUAAUUCUAAUAAACUUUCUAUACCAACAACAUUACCAAUUCUUUCUCAAAUUGCUGAAGAAGAUUUAACAAGUGCAUCAACAUCAGUAACUAGUUUUCAUUUACCAACGAAUGUUUCUCGACGUAAUAAUCCAACAACAUUACUUCCAAAUCGUACAUUAUCAGAUCAAGAUCUUUUUACUCAUGUUAAUGAUUAUACAACUAAUAAUAAUAAUAAUAAUCAUCAUCAAAAUGAAUCAGGACAAGAUUUAACAUCAAUAACAACAAAUAAACCAAUAUCAUAUGCACAUUUUAAUUUCGAUCAAUCAUCAAAACAAUUAGCUAAAGGAAAUUCAAUGGUUAGUAUGAGUUCUGAUAGUGUUGAUGUAUCAGUACAUAAUGGUGAUACAAUGACUAAUGGUAUAACACGUCGUAAAGUUCAUACAACAUCACCACCAAAUGAUUCAACAGCUGAAGCAUCUCCAACAUUAUAUAAAAAUAAUAAUGUUAAAAAUAAAGUUAAACUAAGAAAACAAACACAAAAUAUAGCUGCACGUGCUGCACAACGACGAGCAAAUCUUCAUCAUAAAGAAUUAAUGGAAGAUAUGGGUUCAGCUUUUUCUUCUGAACCUAUUGUAUCUAAAGAAAAUACUACUAGUGCAUUUGGUCUUGAAGUUACCGGUGUUAAACCGAAAAAAACAGUAACAAUCAAUGAUCCAGCAGGAUCUAUAUAUCGAGCAGAUGAUUUUCGUCGUACGAAUUCUGAUUCACCUGAACUCAUUAAAAAUCAAACAACAACGAAUGAUCCAUUCUAUUCAACACCGUAUAAUCGUACUUCAAAGAAUACAAAUAAAAAACGAUCGAUUUCUCAUGGUACAACAACGAAUAAUCGUUCGAAUAUGCCAAUUGCUAAUAUAGUCGUACCACGAUAA